AGUACGCAUGUGCUUUGAGCUGAAGAACCAACUAAUCUUACUUUACCUGUCAGGUGGGAGCGCGAAGCGCGACUGUAGUUUGUCGAUCUGUGUUGCCUAUAGUUUAUAUUUUUAUGGAUGUAUUGUGUUUAAAUAGAUAAAUCCAUCGAAAACAAUUUUAAUUUAUAUGGAAAAACGACACUAAUAUGGAUUACUGAUAGCAUAUCGUUCGAGAGAAAGGAUUAAAUCAAGCUCAAAACCAUGGCGUAUCGAAACGGUUAUUCUGGAGGUGAUAGAGAAAUUGAACGAGACGAUAGAAUGAACGACGGCGUUGGGAAACCAGUUCAUAUCAUAGAGCAUUUGGCCACUUUCACAGUUACCAAAGAAACAGGCAUCAUCUACCCAGCAGAUGGAAUGAGAAGAUUGUUACAGCUGGAAAAAACCAACGGGAUUUGGUCGCAGAAAAUGCAACUAUGUUUAGAUAACUCUUGGGUGCUCAUUAUGGAUUACGAAAGUGGGAAUGUGAUGGAACGAUUUCCUGCAAACUCUAUUCAAGAACCAACUGCAUUCAUGAGUCAAGAACCAAUGGACUUAUAUAACAAUAUUUUAGUUUUUAUCGUAUCAAAUUCAAAUCCAUCACACUCACCAGAAAUGCACAUAUUUCAGUGCCAAAGUAUAUCAGCUCAAGAUCUAGUAGAGGACUUGAACCAACUUCGAAUGGGUAAAGCACUGACACGAAGCCGCAAAAGUAGCAUUCCACCCCCGUCUCACAAGCCCCCUCAAAAUGUCAUUAGCCCUUCGAGAGAAGUUACAAGAGAUUACCACGGAUCAGACUCGGAACUAACAGCAAACAAUGACGAUUCAAGUUCGACAACGAGUGAAAAAUAUGAAAGAGAUGUGACGAUUUUGAACCACUGUUUCGAUGACAUCGAAAAAUUCAUAGCCAGAUUACAACAUGCCGCUGCCGCUGCCAGGGAGUUGGAGCGCCGAAGGAAAACGAGGAAAACCAAGAAAAGAGACAUGGGAGAUGGCAUGUUGACUAUGAGAACCAAGCCACCUCCAGAAAAAGAAUUCGUCGAUAUUUUCCAAAAAUUUAAGCUGUCCUUUAACCUUCUAGCAAAGCUAAAGGCUCACAUACACGAUCCCAACGCUCCAGAAUUGGUCCAUUUUCUAUUUACACCUUUAGCCUUGAUAGUAGAAGCAGCGCACGAUACAUACUUCGACCAACACAUACCGCAUAACGUUAUUUCACCUUUGUUGACAAGGGAAGCUGUUAAUUUACUAAUGAAUUGUGUCACCAGCAAGGAAACCGAACUAUGGCAUUCACUAGGAAGCGCGUGGCUUAUUCCCAGGGAUCAGUAUAAGGGCCACGUACCGUCAUACCACCCAGUCUUUAUGGAUGGUUGGUCGCCGGAAUAUCCAGUAGUUGAUGAAACUGAAACCAAAUCAUACCAACACGAAGUCCAAUAUGGAGGCGACUACAAUGAUUACCCUUCGUCGAGUCAAGAUAUGUAUGAAAGAAACAAUUCUCAUCAUCAUCAACCAGACAAAGAUAUAGCUGCAACGUUAGGUGAAAGUACACGAAGUGACAUAUCCGCUGAUUCAAUUGAAAGAAAUGGAGAAGAAAGAGGUUUUGGAAGGAAUCAAGAGAGUUUUUUAGAGGACCUCCAAAACCGAGGGGCUAAUAUUGUUCAAGUUACAUAUCCCAGGACGGCAAAUAACGAUAAAGAAUUAACAGUUGUUCGAGGCGAAUUUUUAGAGAUUUUGGACGAUAGUAGAAAAUGGUGGAAGGCAAGAAAUAGUAGAGGGCAAAUCGCUCAUGUACCCCAUACUAUAGUAACUCCAUAUGUAUUCAAUAACCCUCUUUAUACACAAAACUACAGAAGAACCGAAUCGCCAGUGGAAAGAUUUAACAGAGAACACAGUCAGACAGAUCAUUCACCUCAAUCAAAAACUAACACAGACUGGAUCCGAAAUGAGAGGAUUGAGCAAAGCCUAAUUCAAACUGAUACUCCACCUCCUCCUCCUCCACCACCCCCUGUUCCUGAAACAAUACUUCCUAGUAAUCCAUCCACUCCACAACCUAUUAAAAGGACUCAGUCCAGACAAUCACUUAUGUCUACAAAGUCCAAUGGUGACUUGCAAGAGGAACUUGGAAACGUUCUUACUUUGGUACGUGAGAGAAACAAGCAACGGCAUUUGGACAUUAAACAAACACCGGAUACUUAUAUUAAUCAGAAGUCGACUCCAAAGGAGGUACGGGAAUGGUUGAAUGCGAAGGGUUUCGAUUUGAAUAUCCAGAAUAAAUUUAAAGGUGUAAAUGGUCAAGAAUUAUUUGGCAUUCAUAAGACAGAACUGGAAAGGAUAUGCGGUAGAGAUGAGGGAAAGAGACUUUACUCCCAGUUAAAUAUCAUGAAAUCCAUUAGCGGUUAUCAAACAGUUCGUACUACGGAAUUAAAGGCAAUAUUAGCGAGAGCUAGAUCAAAAAUUGAAACCAGAGGAGAGAUGGAAGAUGAAGAAUUGUUUUAAAAAAAUAUGGAAGUAAAAUAUGUUAAGAUAUCUUUAGUUAAUUUAGUGUUUAAUUUUGUAAAUAGCAAUAUUUAUAUUUCCUAAUCAUGACCUUCAACACAAAAAAUUAUGUAAGUGUUUUAUUAUGCAGAAGGCUGUAUUUAUUCAAUAAAUAGUGGCAAUAUAAA